AUGGCAGACCAGUCCAACCCCUCCAAUGCCUCCCACUACUCGCAAUACCGCCUGCGCGUCACGGCUGGCCCGACAUAUAACCCGUCGACACACAAGACUGUCCCCGUCAACGCCUCCAAGACCCUCACGUUCGAGACUCCUUCCAUCAUACUGUCGCUGUGUGUGCGCAUACGCCAUUUCACAGGUUUCCCGUCCGACUCCCCCGUCACUGCAGAGAAGUACUUCACCACGGACCCGCAUAAGUACGACCAAUACAGCAUAUCCUUCAGCUUCAUUCCGAAGAUAGAUAUUCCCGGCGAAGACCUGGUGUUUGGGAACGACUUUGACAGACCUCUUCGAGAUAGACUGCCACCGGGUGCGAACCACGCGCUGAGGAUUGUGAAAUGGUGGAUCGAUCCCGGGCUCGAUGGCGAUAUGUACGCCGACAAACCGUACCUGUAUGGUCCGGCGUUGAGCAGCUGGAAUAUCCUGCGGAUAGGCGACCAUGUCAUACCCAAAGACCAACUACAAACACCAAGCGGGGAGGAGCAUAGCGACGACGACAAACACGAAUGGAAGGCGCCUCAUGCCUCAGCCGAGGACUUCCACGACACCAUUGUCGAAGAAGGAUGUGAGGGGUCGGGCUGCGAGCUGCGGUCCUCCUUAUCCAUCCCUGCCGACAGCGCGGCACGGAAGAAGCACUUCCUUACGGCCUCGAACCUCAGCGGCUUCACAUUUGAAGCCGGUCGCCUGUAUCAGGCUGACUUUGGAAACCCGUACCUCGACUUCAAUGAUUUCUCGCUCAAGCUACCCGGCUUCAAUUUGAAUGUGGUUGGAUACAUCGACUCGAAGACGCAUGAAUUGCGGUAUACACUGAAGAACCGACGGACCGGGGAAGUCUACGCCGUCGUGGUUUUUACGUUGUUGUUUGGAGAAGAGCUGGCACAGGCGGAACAGGAGCAUGGUGGAGCGAACGUGGAGGAUAAAGCCGAGGAGCGCAGCAUAGCGAAUACAGAGCACGCCACAGCCAAGGACGGUCCAGGCACCAUAGACCCGGCCAAAGACAAGAAAGAUGCUACCGAAACCAUACCAGAGGACGAAGACGACAUAGAUUGA